GGUACUCAAUCCUCUUCAGUUUAGCCUUAGCCAUUGCAGUUAGCUCAAACUCACACCUCUCUCUCAACCAACUUCACCUUUUUUUUUUUUCCUUCUUAUGGUUACUGAGUAUUUAUUAUCUGACCAUGAAAAGAUUCUCAUCUUCAAAAAGGGCAGUAAACAAUGUGGUUAAAGGGGAGAUAAAGUGGGAGCUUAGGCCUGGUGGCAUGCUUGUUCAAAAGAGGGACAUGGGGGAUGCUUCUUCUGGACCUAUGAUCAAGAUCAAAGUCUCUCAUGGCGCUUUUCACCAUGAUAUUACUGUGCCUGCUCAAUCCACUUUCGGGGAUCUGAAAAAGGUUCUUGUACAAGAAACUGGUUUGGAACCCAAGGAGCAGAGACUAUUGUUCCAAGGAAAAGAAAAGGAUGAUGAGGAAUGUUUGCAUAUGGUUGGAGUCAAAGACAUGUCAAAGGUGGUACUUUUAGAGGACCCAGCUAGCAAAGAGAGGAAGCUUGAAGAGAUGAAGAGAAAUCAAAGCGUGUUAAAAGCUUGUGAAGAGGUUGCUAAAGUCAGAGCAGAAGUUGUUCAACUCUCUGACAAGGUUAAUGCUUUGGAGGGAAUUGUUCAUGGGGGUACAAAGGUUAAUGAAAAGGAACUCCUUGGCUUGACAGAGCUGCUUAUGGUGCAAUUGCUGCAACUAGAUACAAUUGAGGCUAAUGGAGAAGCCAAAGUCCAGAGGCGGGCUGAGGUUCGUCGAGCCCAACGACUUGUGGAUACCUUGGACAAUAUGAAGGCUAGAAACUCUAAUCCCUUCAGCAGUAGUGGCAAAUCGGAGGCAUUUGAAUGUGCCUCACCCGCUUUUCCAUCCUCAACAAGAAUCACGCAUGAUUGGGAAGUUUUUGAUUAAUCACAAAUUUUGUAAUUUAUCAAUCAGUCCAUAAACAAAUUAUGAAACAAAGCUUGUAUCGUUUUGGUUGUGGUAUGUGAGUAGCUGUUGAUUAAAAGUACAAAAACAAACGGUAAGGCUUCUUAUUGGCAAGUUUCCCAUAUUCUAGAAUUAGUGAAUUACCUGUGUGUGAUGAUGAGCUAAUACAUCACCAAUUGUUUUGAAAUACACAAGGAAAUGCACACCACCAUUUCAACAUCGUUUAGCAGAUUGAAUGGAAAAUUUAGGAACGGGUAGAAUAGUCAAGAAUCUUGUGAAGUAGGAGUAGGAGCCAUUGCCAACAAGUACAAACUAUAACUUUGGUUACUUGAGUAGCUGGGAAAAGAUGGCUGAAGAGGUUACCUGCACCCUGAAAAUUGUAGCAAUUUGCUUUGGGUAAAGAACUGUAGAAGGACAUUGUUACAUGUAUACCUGUGAAUAUAUUGAAUUGAGACGCAUUGUGAAA